UCCGUGGUGGGGGCCCCGCGCACCGAUGUGGCGUGGCGACGCAUGUGUCUGCUCCCCGCCGCAUGCAGGUGCGCCGCGCGGUGCGGCCGCCCAUAAAUUGGUUUAAUUUCAUUCCUCGAAUCGGAUCGAAUAAUCCGUCGACUGUUCUGGAGAGUGGAUAUUCUGUUGUCCGCGGCGGCCAUGGCGUUCUUCGAGGAGAUGGAGUCGUACUACGUCCCCUACCUCCGCACCCACCUACACCAAUUCGCUGCGUCGGUCUCCGCGGCGAGCUGCGAGGAGGGGGCGGGCGACGACGAGGAGUGCCGCGACGAGGCGGCCGCGCUCAGGCUCAAGAUGGUGGCCGUCGCCGCCAUCCUCAUCGCCGGCGCGGUCGGCGUGGCCAUCCCGCUCGUCGGCCGGAGGCGGCGCGGUGGCGGCGGCGGCGGCGGCGAGGGCGCGUCCUCCGGCGGCGGGACGUUCGUGCUCGCCAAGGCGUUCGCUGCGGGGGUCAUCCUCGCCACGGGUUUCGUGCACAUGAUGCACGACGCCGAGGAGAAGUUCGCGGACCCGUGCCUCCCGGCCACGCCGUGGCGCCGGUUCCCCUUCCCGGGCUUCAUCGCCAUGCUCGCCGCCCUGGGCACGCUCGUCAUGGAGUUCGUCGGCACCCGCUUCUACGAGCGCAGGCACGGCGAGGAGGCCUCCGCCGCCGCGGCCGCGCGUGAUGACACCACGGCGCUGCUCGAGGACGGCGCGCUCGCAGGGAUCGCUGCCGCAGCGGUGAGCGGCGACGACGAGAAGCAGGACGCCAUGCACAUCGUGGGCAUGCGCGCGCACGCGGCGGCGCACCAGCAUAGCCAUGCGCAUGGCCAUGACGCGUGCGAUGGAGGAGCCGUGUACGACGCCCAUGCCCAAGCCCACGCCCACGGCCAUGGCCAUGACCAUGGGCAUGGGGGCGACGAGAGGCCGUCCCAAGCUCAUCAUGUCGUUGUCUCGCAGAUUUUGGAAAUGGGGAUUGUAUCGCAUUCGGUGAUCAUCGGGCUAUCCUUGGGCGUUUCGCAGAGCCCAUGUACCAUUAAGCCUCUUGUUGCUGCCCUCUCCUCCCACCAGUUCUUUGAGGGUUUUGCCUUGGGUGGCUGCAUUUCUGAGGUUAAUGUCCGCUUCAUUUCUGCUUUAUGGCUCAGUUCAAGAAUUUCUCUGCACUCCUGAUGGCUUUCUUCUUUGCUAUCACAACACCUAUUGGGAUCACUGUCGGGGCGGGGAUCGCAUCGUUCUACAACGCCAACAGCCCCAGGGCAUUGGUGGUGGAAGGCAUUCUGGAUUCAAUGUCUUCUGGUAUACUGAUCUAUAUGGCAUUAGUGGAUCUCAUUGCUGCUGAUUUCCUUAGCCGGAGGAUGAGCUGCAAUCCGAGGCUGCAAGUGUGCUCAUACGUUGCCUUGUUUGUCGGGGCUAUUGCCAUGUCAUCACUUGCUAUCUGGGCUUAGUGCCAGUGAGUAUUCUUGAAGCUUGGGACAAGCUGCUUGGCGUUCAACGCACUACGACCUGUUGCCUAGCUACCGGUAACUGAGUAAGAUGGGAGGCUUUUUCUUUCUCUGUCCAUUCUUUUGUUUGAUCUUCUCAUGGUGCUGGGCCGGGUAAUGUCCUCUUUUGGUCACAGAAAAGGAAGCCCCUCUCUGGGGUACAUUUUGGUGGUAAAGAAUUGGGACAAGUUAGUUAGGGAAUAAAGAGUUUUUGAGUCCCAACAGUCUUUGCAGAUGUACAGUUCAUCCUCGGUGUUAGAUAAGAGGACUUGUCUGUUCUCAAGUAUAAUCUUGCACAUACAUCAAUGUGGAUCUUCUGAAAGUCGUUUCAACUGUUCGAAUACAAUGGCAGGUCUGUUUGAAAUGAGGAUGGUUAUGAACUCACGCUAGACUCUUUUGCUGCACCUGUUAGAACUAUUUUGGUUGUAUAUAUGGAGUGAAGGUUACUGAUCUUUCUCAACUUAAAUACCAAUCAUAUGAACAUCGAUAUUGCAGCAGAAAUUAUUUAUCCUUUAUCCUUUUUGUAAUUGAAGCAGUUAGUUGAUACUGUUGUUGCUGGACUGCGGAAUCAUUUGUACACCACGAUUAAUUUUGUCGAAAUGCAGUUCAUUCAUCUA